AUGGGACCGCGGCCGCGAGCGCAACGUCGGCCAUCGCCACAGUAUCCCGAGUUAUUCGUUGUUAUACCCUCCAGGCCGGAUAUUCAUAAGGAGUAUGAGAAGAAGGCCACCGAGAAGAGGGCCAUUACUGAAGAACCCGAACGUGUGAUGAAGGCUCUGGAGGAACCGCAGGAAAGUAAUGAGAUAGUACCAGGGGCUGAGGCAGGAGAGCCACGAAGAGAACUGGAACAGGGUCUGGACAUUGUCGCGCCUCCAGCUUCAGAAGAGCAGCAACCACAGACCAUGGCAACUUGCAAUGACUUGAAGCCUAUGCACCAUGUCAACCAUCCGAAGCAUCGUUCCAACUACGGACCAAUAGCAUACCAGAGCCCCAGGAACCGCAGGUCCCCCAUGCCGCCGUUGAUUCGACACUGA